UCUCAUAAUUUUCUACUCUCUUCUCAACUGUCUCGCCGUGUUCAUCUCGCGUGCAUAGCAGUCAGAAAAACACUGCGAGAAAGAAAAGAAGAAUCAUAGAGGAAAGGAAAAACCCCUUUUGACCAUUGCGCCUCCGUUUCUAUUUUCCCUAUUGAUUCUACCGACAAAGCCUUUUUUGGGUUUUUGUCUUCGUCUUGUGAUCGUUCCUCCUCUCUGGGGUUACGGUUCUGUUUGUGAUCAACCCCGAUCUUUUUUUCCUUCGCGAUUUGGAUUCGGAUACCCAGUUGCGCUUCUUUUUCUGGGUGUCUUCUCUUUUGGCCAAUGUUUCGGUUUUACAUGGUGAGAAAGUUUUAAAGGGGAUUAAUUCUAUGUGGGUUCCUUCAUAUUGGCCAAUCAAUGUUGACUGUAUCAUCAGUGUGGUUAUGAAGUAAUAUGGAAGUGCUCUUUGCGCGGAUAACACAUCAACGACAACAUCAAGGAAAAUAACAUGUCGUUUUACAUUGGUCGCGAGGCUUCUAAGCUAUGGAAGAGAAUUUGUGCGGAGACAACUACGGAGAUCAACCUCCUCGCUGAGAAUUGGAAGUACCUUCUCGCUGGUCUUGUUUUUCAGUAUAUACAUGGUUUGGCUGCCCGAGGAGUUCAUUAUUUACACAAGCCUGCCCCUACUCUACAAGAUGUUGGAUUCUUCCUUCUUCGGGAGCUUGGGCAAGACAAAGCUUACAUAAGUGAAACGUUGUUUUCCCUUAUCUUUUUAUCCUUUGUAUUGUGGACAUUUCAUCCUUUCAUAUUCAAGAGCAGAAAGAUCUACACAGUUGUCAUAUGGUGCAGGGUUUUCGCAUUUUUAGUUGCUUCUCAAGUUCUUCGUAUAAUAACUUUCUAUUCUACACAACUUCCUGGUCCGAACUACCACUGCCGUGAGGGGUCUAAUCUUGCCACAUUACCUCAUCCAAAUAGUGUCUUUGAAGUUCUCUUUCUCAAUUUUCCACGUGGUGUGGUCUAUGGAUGUGGUGAUUUGAUAUUCUCAUCGCACAUGAUUUUUACUCUUGUUUUUGUGCUCACGUAUCAGAAAUAUGGCUCUCGAAGGUCAAUAAAGCAGCUUGGGUGGCUGCUUGCUGUGGUUCAGAGUCUUUUGAUAGUAGCAUCACGCAAACAUUACACAGUCGAUGUAGUUGUUGCCUGGUACACUGUUAAUUUGGUGGUAUUUUUUAUUGACAAGAAAUUGCCAGAAUUACCAGACAGGUCAAUUGCAGCUGCAACGUUGCUACCGUUGAGCAUCAAAGACAAAGACGGAAGGACCAAAGAAGAGAAUCACAAGCUAUUAAAUGGGAAUUCUGGAGACCCCCUAGAUUGGAGGCAGAGAACUCAAGUGAAUGGCAAGAUCAUGGAAGAUGGCAAUACACUCCAUGUAGACUCUGCCAUGAAUGGUGCAUAGAUAUACGACCCUCUUCUGUACAAAUUGGAUCCACUUCAAGAUUGCUGAUGGAAAGCUGCAACAUUCAAUUUGAAGAAUUUGUUGUCUGAACAUUCAGUUGUUUAUUCAAAUUAAUAGCAUGAUUUGCAUUUGUGAAAUUGAAACUGGGUUGUGCAUUUCAACGUUUUGCAGCUCAGAUCCCAUGUCAUAGUUAAAUUAUCUAUUCACACCAUCAGCAUGUGCCAUAGAAAAUUUUCCA